CCGCCGGAGCGCCGCGGACGUCAUGGAGCGGCGCCUGGGCCUCUGGUUGAGCGCGAGGCGCGAGUGAUCGGUCGGUGGUUUCCCUCGCGGGGGCCUGGCCCCGAGUCCGGAAUCGAGGCCGGAGCCGGUACCGGGGAAGAGGAGAAGGGCGGGAUUCCCUCAGGGGAAGAAUCCAGGCUGGCAGGAGGAGACUGCAGGGCGAGGCGGCCAGUGCACAGAGGCUGAUCGCGGCGCAGCUGAUGCCUCCGAGCUCUGACGCCAGCGUGGGGGGUCCUUCCCAGCUGCUCCGGUUCUGUGUAUCGGGAAGGAUGACCACGCUCACGCGACAGGACCUCAACUUUGGUCAAGUGGUGGCCGACGUGCUCUGCGAGUUCCUGGAGGUGGCGGUGCACCUGAUCCUCUACGUGCGUGAGGUUUACCCGGUGGGCAUCUUCCAGAAGCGUAAGAAGUACAACGUGCCUGUCCAGAUGUCCUGUCACCCGGAGCUGAACCAGUAUAUCCAGGACACGUUGCACUGCGUCAAGCCGCUUCUGGAGAAGAAUGAUGUGGAGAAAGUGGUGGUAGUCAUCUUGGACAAAGAGCACCGCCCAGUGGAGAAAUUCGUCUUUGAAAUCACCCAGCCUCCGCUGCUGUCCAUCAGCUCAGACUCCCUGCUGUCUCACGUGGAGCAGCUGCUCCGAGCCUUCAUCCUGAAGAUCAGUGUAUGUGAUGCUGUCCUGGACCACAACCCCCCAGGCUGUACCUUCACAGUCUUAGUGCACACGAGAGAAGCUGCCACUCGCAACAUGGAGAAGAUCCAGGUCAUCAAGGACUUCCCCUGGAUCCUGGCAGACGAGCAGGAUGUCCACAUGCACGACCCCCGACUGAUACCCCUGAAAACCAUGACAUCAGACAUCUUAAAGAUGCAGCUCUACGUGGAAGAGCGAGCUCAUAAAAGCAGCUGAGGGUGUGCCUGCCCACCGUGGAUGCCGCAACUGUCGGACUGUGGGGGCCCAGCCUAGGGCAGUGCUGCAGGGCCACCCUGAUUCCAAGUGCUCUUAUUGCCUCUAUGUAUGGACCACCCACCCUCCAGCCUGGGGCUGCUCAGGCCUGGUUGCCUUCAUGGAGGAAGCCUCCCCAGGAGGGCAGGGAAGGGUGCUGGGACCUCAGUUUCUCAGCCUCCUGGGAUUCAGCUGGCCAACGCUGCCUCAAAUACUGUGCUGUGAGUUGUUUCAAUAAAGAGCCCCCAGGGCUGAGCUGGGCUGUCACUACCUG